CGGAGCGGACUGGCGCCGGGAGAUUCGAGCCCUGACCGCGGUUCUGAGUGAAAUUAUAUCGCUGUGUGGACUGGAAGUGAACGCACAAACCCGUUUCAUCUGCGCCUUUUCCGCAGAGCCAUGCUGUUACCUGCUGGGGUGUUUCAGAGCGGCGCCAGCGGCUGUUAAACUUUCGUUCCCGGACAGAUGGAGGCCAUGGAGGUAGACUCCCCUGCGGAGUUACAGGGAGGAGGAAGUGGGCAGCCUGAGGUUGCUGCUGCAGGCCAGGCUGAGGACGCUGACGGACCACACGUCAUCUCGGACUCCGGCAGCAGCACCGAGGUGGAUGAGGACGAAGAUGAUGAGGACAAUGGAGGAGGACAGGCACCGGCUCGGGCACCUCCCAGGCUUCCUGCGACCUGGGCGUUCAGUCAGAGGGCAGUGGGCAGGACUGCUGCCACACCUUCAGCAGCUCAGGGGGCACCCAUACGGAGGAGACUCAGACAGGGCCUCAGGGUGCACUACCCUAGCCAGACUGCAGCCCCCUCCAGAGGCUUCCCUGACUUCCUGCUCCGAGCGCCGGCUGCAAGCGUGACUGAGCCAGAAUCCGGCAGCACCACCGAGGUCAGUGAGUCUGACGAAGAGGAGGAAGAGGGGGGUGAAGAAGGCGCGUCUGCCGCUGAUGCGCUGCCUGCUGACCCCACUCCGCCCACCAUGCCUCACCUCAAUGCCUCCAUCCAACACACACAACCACAGGAGGCCAGUUCAACCAGCUCCAGUUCAGCUGCAGACAAUGAGACAGCAGAAGCUCAACAUCCGGGCGUCCAGGUAACUAACCAGCUGAACUCUGAAGCCUCAGCUUCGAUUCAGACGUCACCCAGCGAAGAGACCGAAGGCGACAUCUGCACCAUCUGCUUUGAAGGGUGGACAACAGCAGGCGAACACAGACUGUCCGCUCUGCGCUGUGGGCACCUCUUUGGCUUCACCUGCAUCCAGCGCUGGCUGAAGGCUCAGGGCCAGGCUGCUAAAUGUCCCCAGUGUAAUAAGAAAGCGAAGCGAUCAGACAUCGUGCUGCUGUACGCUCCAAAGCUGAGAGCGCUGGACAACUCUGAGCAAGAGAGCUUAAAGAAGUCUCUGGAGCAGGAGCAGUCCCUGAGGAGGAAGGCUGAACUGGAGUCAGCUCAGUACAAACUCAAACUGCAGGUCGUCACCAGUCAAUACGGACAAGUACAACAGGAGCUGCAGGAGCUGAGGGCCCUGAUGGCUCAGGCUGGCAGAGGCUCAGUUCCCUCAUCCUCCUCCUCGUCCUCCUCGUCUUCUUCCUCGGUGUCGACCUCACUCUUCGGUCUGUCUCAGAGGGCCGACGGCUCCAGAACGGCUCAGUACAGCUUCUCCAAGGCAGUUUUAGUGUCUCAGGCUGGAGGCUGCAGGGUCCUGUCGUACUGUGAACCUCUGAGUUGCCUGUUGGCCUCGCAGCCUUCCCCUCAUUCCACCCUGGUGCCUGGUUGUGGGGUGAAGAAGGUGAGUGUGGUGAACAUGAAGGCAAGUCAGUACGUUCCCAUCCACAGUAAACAGAUCCGAGGUCUGUCCUUCAAUAGACAGAACGACAGUCUGCUGCUGUCUGCGGCUCUGGACAACACCAUCAAACUGACCAGUCUGCUGACCAACACCGUGGUUCAGACCUAUAAUGCAGGUAAACCAGUGUGGAGCUGCUGCUGGUCUUUGGACAACAGUAACUAUGUCUACGCUGGUCUGAGCAACGGCUCGGUGCUCGUCUACGACACCAGAGACACCAGCACACACGUCCAGGAGCUUCAGCCGCUUCGCUCCAGAUGUCCGGUGGCGUCUCUGUGCUACGUUCCGCGGGCAGCAUCCAGCUCAUUCCCCUGCGGCGGGCUGAUCGCUGGGUCUCUGGAGGGCGGGUGUUUCUGGGAGCAGAUCAACGAGACCACAUACAGACCACAUGUCCUGCCACUGGAAGCGGCCGGAUGCACCGACAUCCAGGUGGAGACGGAGAGCCGUCACUGUCUGGUCACGUACAGGCCAGGACGUUCCAACCCGUCCCUGCGCUGCGUCCUGAUGUCUCUGAACCGAACGCCUCAGCAGGACUCCAGUGAACUGCCCAGCUGCUCUUGCUCUCCGGUGCAGACCUUCAGCGCCGGCUCCUCCUGUAAACUGCUCACCAAGAACGCUGUCUUCAGGAGUCCAGACGGUGAGGGGACACUGGUCUGUGCCGGGGACGAGGCCUCCAACUCCACCAUGGUGUGGGACGCCAGCAGCGGAUCUCUGCUCCAGAAGCUCCCAGCCGACCUCCCGGUGUUGGACAUCAGUCCGUUCUCGGUGAACAGGGAUCACUUUCUGGCCUCGCUGACUGAGAAGAUGCUGAAGCUCUACAGGUGGGAGUGAACGAGGAUGACUGUCUGAGCUGUGUGAGCUGCUGCUUUCAUCCAGAAACCAGACUCAGUCCCUGAGCACAAGGAGAGGAUGCAGACUGUGCUGGAAACCAAAUGCUGCUAAACUUUUAUCCGGACAUUUACACACAGAAAACUCUUGAUUAGUGGGAGUGAUCGACCCGCGGUGACACUUCACGUCCUUCAUUAUCACUUUUACUUUGUUCUUUUUAAACCAAACAUCCACCAUUUUCAGACCAUUUUCAGGCUGUUGUGUUAAAUUUUGCAUUGUUUUUUUUUUUCCCCGUGUCCACAGCUGCUCGUGUCUCCUUCAUUUCAACCAACAGACUCUGAAAUGUGUUUUUUUUGUCUGAUCAUCACAGUCAAUUUACAUUGCAGGAUCCAGAAUCAGCAAAGAUCUCAAAUCAAGUCCUCUGAGAUUUUUUUGCAAUUUCUGUUUUACAGUUGAAUUUGAAAUCAGGCAGGUGAAAAGAAAUGACAGAUGUUUGUCUCCGAUCUGUCGUUUGUCCACCAGAGGCCACUGGAGUUCAUUUUCACUCUGACACUGUGAAAUGUGCCGCUCACUUCUUCACAGAGUCACAGUUCAGUUUGAUAAGUGUAACAGAUCUGUCAGACAUGAUCUUCACGGUGAUGGAUUCUACAGAUCAGAGUCUGAUGAUCAGUUUUUCAUAUCACAGGUGAAUAGAAACUGCCUGCAAAGGUUGAAUUAACAUCAAGAUUCCUACAAAAACAGCAGCAGGGUUUGAAAAAAGGUUCACUUCCAUCAGGUCAGAGGAUCCUUGAAUCCACCGUGAACAAGACAUUAGAAAAUGAUCUGGUUUGGCUGUGCUGUGUGGUUUUCUUGUUGUGAUCUGAAACUGUGAAAGUGACGUGGCGACGCUGUGGACAAACACACAACCUGACGUCUCCGGAUCCUCAGCAGCUGCUUUUACAAGAGGAAGUAAAGCAGGACUGAAACAUCCGACUCAGAAGAACCGCAGUGACGAUGUAUUUUCAACUGAAAAAAAACAAAACAAAGAGCAGACACUGCCGCUCCUGUUGCCCCCCCCCCCCCCACCACCACCACCACCACCACUUCUUCUCACACAGCUCUUCACUGAGGUUCAUUUAUAUCGUCUUCUGUCUGAUUUGAAUAGUUUUUUUUUCUCUCUGUCCUGUGAAGUGGAACAUUAAGUGCCAAAAGACUCUGCUGUUGUUCAGCGUUUUACUUUUCCUGUUUUUCUUUCUAAAGAAACUUGUACAUAUGUAUAUUUGCUACUGUUUGACUACAACUUCCAAGUUAAUAAAACAUAUGAGUUAU